CGCUCAGAUCACUCGAUCUCACUCACACGCACACGCAAUUUUCCUUCAAAUUUUCCGGCGAGAACCCAUUUCUGAGGUUUUCUCUCGUAACUGAGGGGGAGCUUUCAUGGAGGUUCUAAGCCCCACCCUUUCAGCUGCAAAUAUGAAGCCUGUAAAUUGCUUCAAAACCAAUUUUGCACAUUUGAAGCAUGUAAAUGGCUUCAAAACCAACUUCAGAGGGAGGGUUUUCUGCAAAGGAAUUGACAUUGGGUGGGAUUUUGGAGGUGGGUUUUCAAUUGGAAGAGAGGAAAACCGGAUUGAUGGAUUGAAGAGGACACCACUGGUGGUUGUGAAAGCUAAGAAGAAUAAGAAGAAAGAGAAGGAGGAUACCCACAGUUUUACCGCAAAGCCCGACGAAGCCACCGGACCUUUCCCUGAGGCUGUGCUUCUCAAAAAGAAGGAAGUUCAGGAGGAUGGGAGACUUCUCCCUGAGUUUGCGGAUGCUGAGGAAGAACAACUUUAUGAAUUUCUGAGUCUCCAGAAGGAAAGUGAUAUGGACAUUGACAGAACACGUCACUAUGAAGUGGUUUACCUGAUUCAUGAAGACCGUGUGGAUGAGGUUGACUGUGUAGUUUCAAAGUUUCAAGAUUACAUAAAUGAAAAGAGUGGAAAGAUAUGGCGUCUGAAUAAUUGGGGUCUUCGACGAUUGGCAUACAAGAUAAAGAAGGCACGAAACGCCAAUUAUAUUCUGAUGAACUUUGAAUUGGGUGCCCAAUGGAUCAACGAAUUGAAGAGCUUGUUGGACAAGGACGAAAGGGUCAUUCGCCAUCUCGUCAUUAAACGAGAUAAAGCAAUCAGUGAAGAUUGCCCUCCACCCCCAGAGUUUCACACCUUGCACCCCAACUUUAUGGCGGAUGACAUGGAUGAUGAAGAUGGGGACAUAGAAGAGUAUGAUGUCGAUGAUUAUGAUGAAGAAGAGGAUGAGGAGACCAAGAUGGUCGGUGAUGAUGAUGAUGAUGAUGUUGAUGAUGAUGGAAAGGGUUUUGAUGACGAGUCGGUAGGUAUAAGGGAAAGGGAAGGUAGAACUGUGAAAGCAGAAAAAGUAGCGCGAUAGAUUAAGUGUUGCAUAUUCUUCUUCAUGCCUGAUAUCUCUUUUCUUGUUAGUUCGGUGGUAUCCUUUUUGUAAGUCAGUUCCUCUGAAUCAAAACUGAUGUUUGCGGCAAGCUGAUCUAUAUGCCCUGGAGAUGGGCAUCGUUACCUAUGAGUGGGUUUCUAAUGAAAGUGUUUGGAACUUGAAGAGAAGGAUUGAUGAAGAAAGGCAAACUAUAGUUGGAGACGAGAAUUAUACAGGAUGCUUCUACAGUGCAAAUGUAUUGAGGAGAAAACGAGAAGGGUUAGAUGGAAUUUACUGGGUGUUGACUGAUAUUGUUCUUAUGUAUUUUCUCUGUGUUCUUUGACAUUUAUCUUCCAUUAGAUGGAGAAGAAAACGAUGGGUUGGAUGGAUGAUCUUUGAUAAUUUUGCAGAACCAGGCAGUUUUUGAGUGA